GCCACCGAUGGGGGGUCUUCUGUUUUCUCGGUUCUUGCUGUCAAUUCGGAGUUUUGUUGUCAUUUUCAUUAUUGUGGAUGUGCGUUGGGAAGACACUUGUUGAGGAUUUUUGGGGGUUCUCUCAUUUUUCGCGAGGAUGAGACAUUCUUCGUUGGAUCGAGGCGCCUUUGUUGAUAUAAACCAAAGUUCAGGGACGGUUUUGCGGGCUGACGUUAGGAGGCUUUAACGAUGGACAGUCUGUUCACUCAGAAUGUGUCCGACGAGCCUGACGAUAUCCCUCAGACUCAGGAGCCUGUCUGGAUUCUGGGGAGGAGAUAUAACGCAAUCAAAGAGUUAGAUAUAAUACGUAGAGACAUACGAUCGAAGCUGUGGUUUACUUAUCGUAAGGGUUUUGUACCUAUUGGUGGCGGUAGCUCGACAUUUACAUCGGAUAAAGGAUGGGGGUGUAUGCUCAGGUGUGGACAGAUGGUUCUCGCCCAGGCUCUCGUUGCCUUACAUUUAGGAAGGGACUGGCAAUGGACUCCUCAAACCAGGGACAGCACAUACUUAAAGAUACUGAAUAAAUUCGAGGAUAAACGAACUGCACCAUUUUCUAUCCAUCUGAUUGCACUCAUGGGAGCCUCUGAGGGCAAAGAGGUUGGACAGUGGUUCGGUCCCAAUACGAUUGCCCAAGUUUUAAAAAAAUUAGUAGUUUACGAUGAUUGGAGUUCGAUAACGAUCCACGUGGCUCUCGACAACACGUUGAUAAUAAAUGACGUUCUGAGGCAGUGCCGAGUCGAGGGUGCAGCACCAGCUGAAGAGCUGGACGGAGAGGAGCCUUUGAGGGUCUCCAGUCAGUGGAAACCACUGUUGUUGUUGAUACCGCUGCGCCUUGGCCUGAGUGACAUCAAUCCCGUCUACAUCAAUGGCCUCAAAACGUCUUUCAAGCUCCCACAGUCACUGGGCGUCAUUGGGGGCAAGCCAAACCUCGCUCUGUACUUCAUAGGAUGUGUUGGUGAUCAAGUGAUAUUCCUGGAUCCCCACACGACUCAGAGAUAUGGAUGUGUCGAUCAGAAGAUUCAGGAGGAGGAGGUGGAGCUCGACCGAACGUACCACUGCAAGACAGCGAGCAGAAUACCAAUUACUGGGAUCGAUCCUUCUGUUGCUCUCUGCUUUUUCUGUGCUACUGAGAAGGAAUUCAAGUCUCUGUGCAGAUCAAUGCAGAGUGAGUUGAUAACACCUGAGAAACAACCACUUUUUGAACUUUGCGCUGAACGUCCAGCUCACUGGUCACCCCUGGAUGACGUUGCUACUGAGGCCUUGGGAAUCACAUCCUCAAAUGUUUUAGGUUUUGAAAAGUUAGAACGACAGUACGACACGUCAGACGAGGACUUUGAGCUGCUCGGUUAACGAUGAAUCCAAAAAAUGUCUUAUAAACAAUUCGCUAUUAAAUAAAUACCCCUUAUAUUUGUAAAUACUCCAAACCUCCGAGGCUCACGUUUUUAAUAUAGUAUAUUGCUUAUUACGAUUACAUCACUUGUCGUUUGUAGAAUUAAAAUUAUUUCUCAUUUUA